AUGGACAACCCCGUGGCAACGGAAACUCUUGAGCAGGUUCAGACACGGCAUCGUCGUGAGCUCAAGGACCUGCAAGGCCGCAUAACGGGAAAGAAGAAGAACGCCACAAAGAAGACGCGGAAAGGCGUAAAUGACGAAUGUGCAGAGAUGGAACGUCAGCUACGUGAAAAGCAAGCCACCGAGAUUGCCGCUUUGAACACCAGCGAUGGUAACAACGGUGAUGAAGACGACAAUACCGCUGCCGAAGCUCAAGACCAGCCCCAAGAAGAUAGCCUAGUGGAAGAGACCGAAAGGCUCGCUGUUUCAGAACCGGCACAACAGCAACAGCAGCCGGGAAAGAAGCGCAAUCGUCAGAAAGAGCGGCUUGCCCGACGUGCUGCUGAGCAGGAGGCUGAGGCGCAGCGUGCAGAAGAGGAAGCGUCCAGUAUGACCAAUCACCGAGCGAAGGAGAGCGAAUACAUGAAGUCGACGUUUGAGAAGCAUGGGCUUGUGGAGAAAGAUAUUGCGCCUGAUGGGCAUUGUCUGUUUUCAGCGGUGGCGGAUCAACUCGGCCAGAAUGACAUUCCCCUCGGAGAAAGGGAUGCCAAGGAACCAGCAUACAAGACGGUGCGACGAGUAGCUUCAGACUAUAUGUUGGAGCAUGGAGACGACUUUGCGCCGUUCCUUGAAGAAGACCUCCAAGGCUACGCUCGCAAGAUGCGAGAUACUGCUGAAUGGGGUGGCCAGCUUGAGCUCAUGGCGCUGGCACGGCAGUACAAAGCGGAGAUCCGAGUGGUUCAAGAUGGACGCCUCGAGCGUAUUGGUGAGGAAGAGGCAGCCGAGUCGGGCAAAACAUUAUGGCUGGCAUACUACAGGCACGGCUACGGCUUGGGAGAGCACUACAACUCUCUCCGAAAGGCACCAUCAUGA